CAAAGCAAAAAAAGAAACUCAGAAAGCGGGAAAAUUUCUGGAGACCAGAGAGAAGAAUCAGUCUCACGGAAGAGCAGACGGAAGGAUUCUCUUCAAUGGCUUCUCCGUCGCCGUCGUCGUCGUCGUCGUCGCCGCCGUUCAAUUUCUCGGCUCUUCCGGUCAUGUCGCUUAAAGAGAGAAUCGUUGAGAAAAUUCGCCAGAAUCGUGUCACGCUUAUCGUCGGCGAGACCGGCUGUGGGAAGAGCUCUCAGAUUCCUCAAUUUCUCUUGGAAGAAGACAUGGGACCCAUUAUUUGUACUCAGCCUAGGCGUUUUGCUGUUGUUGCCAUUGCGAAUAUGGUUGCUAGAGCUCGGAACUGUAACAUGGGAGAUGAGGUUGGAUAUCAUAUUGGUCAUUCGAAACACUCAUCGGAAAGAUCGAAGAUUGUUUUCAAAACUGCUGGUGUUUUGUUGGAAGAAAUGCGAGACAGGGGAUUAAACGCACUCAACUACAAGGUGAUUGUACUGGAUGAAGUGCAUGAAAGAUCUGUGGAGUCUGAUCUUGUUCUUGUGUGCGUGAAGCAGUUUCUGUCGAAGAACCAUGAUCUGAGGGUGGUAUUGAUGUCAGCAACCGCUGAUAUUGGAAGGUAUAGGGAUUAUUUCAAGGAUCUUGGUAGAGGUGAACGUGUUGAAGUGCUUGCAAUUCCUAGCUCAAACCAGAAAACUUUUUUUGAACGAAAAGUUUCAUAUCUUGAAGAGGUUAUUGAAUUACUUGGAAUUGGGUCAGAUCUACAAUCUCCUAGAUAUUGCAACGGUACAAGCCUUUCUACAUCUGCUGCUGAUAUUAGGCCCGAAGUACACAAACUUAUUCACAAUCUGUUGUUGCACAUUCAUAAGAAUGAGCCUGACAUUGAAAAGAGUAUCUUGAUUUUUCUUCCGACAUAUUAUUCCCUGGAGCAACAAUGGGAUCUUCUGAAGUCACAUAGUUCUUUUAAAGUUUAUAUUUUACAUAGCAGUAUUGACAUUGAACAAGCCCUGACGGCUAUGAAGAUUUGGAAAUCACGUCGCAAGGUUAUAUUAGCAACAAAUAUUGCUGAAUCAUCCGUCACAAUACCAAAAGUAGCAUAUGUAAUUGAUUCAUGCAGGGCUUUACAAGUGUAUUGGGAUAAUAAUCAGAAAAAGGACUCUGCACAGGUUGUCUGGAUUUCUAAAUCUCAGGCUGAGCAGCGUAGAGGAAGGACUGGUCGAACUUGUGAUGGCCAAGUUUAUCGAUUGGUAACAAGAUCAUUUUACCAAAACUUUGAAGAUUUCGAACGACCAGCUAUACUGAGGUUAUCAUUGAGGCAGCAAGUGCUUCUAAUUUGCUCGACUGAAUCCAAAGCAAUUAAUGAUCCAAUUGUUUUGCUGCAGAAGACCCUUGAUCCACCUGAUUGUUACGUCGUUGAAGAUGCAUUGAAUCUGCUUGUUCACAUGAAAGCAUUAAAAAAAUCUCCGAGAGGCCGGUAUGAACCUACAUAUUAUGGAAGUCUACUAGCUAGUUUCUCACUGUCUUUUGAUUCUUCUGUGUUAAUACUCAAAUUUGGAGACAUCGGAAUGCUCCAUGAAGGCAUUUUGCUAGGCAUAUUAAUGGAUACACAGCCCUUACCUGUACUUCGUCCUUUCGGAGAUAAUAAUUUGGUAUUUCUUAAUUACUUGUUAUUUGGAUGUCCACGUUUAAUAUAUGCAUGUGAUUUAAUCAACUUUGGACGGUAUUGGAUACAGUAUGCAGAGCACAUAAAAUGCUACUUCGAUGGAGAGAGUAUUGAUACUAUUCCUCUUGGCUUUAAGGAAAUGGCAUUCAUGGGAAACUUGCAUGCUUUUCAUUUCUGGGAAAAAGUUUAUAAGGAUAAGAUACGUGUUGAAUAUUUGAGCAAACUUGUAAAGCCUGGUAAAAUGCAAGCUAGCACAUCACCACCUUCCAAGAAUGAAGAAGAAUGGUGUUCUUCUCACAGUCUUGUGCAUUCAUCUCUAAAUCACGUCGCUGAAAUGUAUGAAGAUAUUGUACAUACGUUGCACCAGUUUCGGCCCAAAUUUUUAGGUAUGUGUGACACUCUAAGAUCGUCCUACAAUCCUACUCAGUUUCAGCAUUCAUGCAUUCUCAAAUGUCUCGGAAAUGGAGAUGACCAAUCAAGUGAAUCAAGAACCUGUGUGUCUCAACCAUAUGUUGGUACUAGCUAUGCCCAGACCAAUCAAGUUGCUGGGAAGUUGGCAGAUGUGAUCAAACAGAUGAAAGUUAUGUAUGCAAAAGAACCAAACAAUCAGCCCUUAAAUUCUAUGAACGGUGGUUUUGAUGACCAUAAUGGGACCUCUCUUUGUGUUUUCUUUGUCAAUGGAUCCUGCAACCGAGGGAAUCAGUGCGUGUUUUCUCAUUCACUUCAAGCACAGAGAGCUACUUGCAAAUUUUUCUUCUCUCUCCAGGGUUGUCGAAAUGGGAGCUCUUGUUACUUUUCUCAUGAUCAGAGUCCAUCAGACUCUUUUUCAUUGAAAUCAACUUUAUGCUUGCCAGAAGAUGAAGCUGCUCAUGCUUCAACGUUUGAAAAAUAUUUUCCUAAAUCAGAAGGAUGCAUUCUUGUAAUGGAUGACAGCGGGUUUCAGUUCUCAUCAAACUUGGCUCGCCACUGUGAUCCAUCCAAAAUCAUUUGCACAACUAGCCUUCCACAUUCAUCUACCUAUGAUGCAUCGUUAAAUGACGCAAGAAAGUUCUGGGACCUUUCCGACCCAUAUGAAACCAUCAUUUCCAAAGCAGGGAAAAAUCUAAUUCCCUGGUAUGAGGUCAAAUGUAUAAUGUGGUUUCCACGUUUUGCGAGUUCGAAGGAAAAUCUCGACAUAGAGAAGAUUCUGUUGCAGAAGUUUUUUGAUCUUCUGGCCAUCCGAAUGUUGGCCGAUUCACUUCAUGGGGUUUCAGUCGUUCUCACCAUGAAUAACAUCAGAUUUUCACAACUGCAGGUUGAGAAGUUGGGUAGAUAUAGCUUUUUCUUGCUUACAGAGUCAUUUCCAUACGACGAAGCAAGCUUUGGGGAGUUGCCCGACAAAGUAACAACUAAAAAGCCAAUGUUGGCGUCGAGGCCGAUUUCCUACGUUUUCAACUUACGACCGCCUAGUAGCGUCCAGUUUGGUACUUAUCGAGCAACACUCCGUCAAAGCCUAUGCGAUAUCGAGAAAGGUACUUAGAUGAUCUCCCUGGUCUGCACCGUCUCAUUGCUGACUUAGGAAAUUUAUUUUUGUUAUAGUUCUGCCUUUACCUGCAUGAAGAAGGCCACUUGAAUUAUAAAAGACCAAGAGAAGUAGAUGACUUAUUUUACAUAGAACUUUGUUGAAAAUAGAACGCCUUAUGAUAAAGUAUGGAAUGUGAAUAGUUUUGGGAGUUGGGAUGGAGAAAAGAAAGUAUUAUAUUUAUUACAUGUCAAGGUAUAUUGAGAAGAAAAGUAUGCUUUUUACGUGUUUAAAUUUGGUAUGGUCAAAAGUAAUUUUUUUUUU